UCCCCUGCUCUUCCCACGAUCCCCCGCGCGCCAACAUGGUGGCGCUGCCGGUGACGGGGGGCCGGGCCCGGUAGUCCCGCCGUGCUGAUGGGGCCCCGCGGCCCCGCCGGGCCGCGCUGCUGCGCUCUCUACGCCGUGCUGGGCGCUCUGGUGUGCGGCCUGUGCCCGGCGAUGGCGGCGAGCGACGAGCGGCGCUCGGCGAGCCCGGUGGCGGUCACGCAGUGCUGGCGGGUGGAGGAUUUCGUGGUGGCGCAGGAGUGUACCCGCUGCUCCAGCUUCCAGGCGAAGACUAUAGUGGAGUGCAGCCACACGGGUUUCAUCGAGAUCAUCACCUGCGCUGCCUCCAGCAGGGAAGAGUACAAGAGCUGUCACUCGGCAGUGAUGGAGGCGCACGUGUUCUGGAGGUUUGUGGGCACCAUGAUGUGCGUGGCUGCCGUCUUCGCGGUGCUGGUGGUGUGUCGCCAGCGCGUGUUGGACAGGAAGGCUCUGGAGAAGGUCCGCAAGCAGAUCGAGUCUAUUUAGCAGAGCACGGCCGCUCUGGAGCGGAGGACUCUGCUCAUCCACUGCUCCCAGCUGGGUGGGAGGAGGACACAGUGCCUGGGGCAGGGCGUGGAGCCCUGCCGGGAGCUGCCCCCGCUGCCUCGGGUGCCACCGGGGCAUCCCGUGGGAUCGGCCGAUCCCCUGCCCGUGCCUGGGGAGCGUGGCGCGUAAUAAAUCCUGAUCGUUGUCA